AUGACGAAGACCGAGAUGACCUCGCCCGAAUGGACACCACCUAAACACCACCUGAACACUACCGAAAUAUCUUCCUCGUUUGAUAUUCAGUUCAAACACUAUUGUUCCGCAAAGCCCAACCCAACCCACAGCCCAUCAAUAGGGGCGAUAGAGUUGCGUUGCAUGGUCUUGGGCCGCGAUGGCUCUAUCAAAGAAUCUGAAGUUCGAAAAAUCAGAGAUGACCUGGCCAAACAGUGGGGAUUAGAUGGUCUGGAUCUACACAACGUGGACCUUAUCUCAGAGGGAAUCCCACAUUUGUUGGUCCGUCCGUCCGUCAUGUUUAUUAGCAUGUUCACUUUACGACUCCUCGUUCGCGCACAAGGAGUGCUUCUUUUCCUUCUCCCAAUUGAGGACUGCCAUGUAAAGGUGCAGAAUGUCUUCAUAGCAGACCUUCAGAGCAGACUCUGA